AUGGCUCGCUCUCUGAAUGAGUGGCUGUGGCAGCAUGAGUUCUGGCUGCCCCCAGGAAUCACCUGGGAGGACAUGCAAGAGUCUGAAGACAUCCAGUACCCUCAGCCUCAUGAUCUCCUUCUCAGUAUCCCUUUUGCUUUGAUCUUGGUUAUCUUUCGAUGUGCCUUUGAGAGAGCCAUAGCCCUGCCCCUCUGUACCAAACUGGGUGUGAGAGACAAGCAGAAACCAAAAGCUCAGCCCAACCCCAUACUGGAAACAUUCUACAGUACAUGUUGCAAGAACCCUGAGCAGGAUGAGCUGAUCAGUUUGGCCAAACAGUGCAACCAGCCAGUGAGGAAGACAGAGAGGUGGUUCCGGCACCGGAGGAACACAGACCGACCCAGCCUGUCCAAGAAGUUCUGUGAGGCCUGCUGGAGGUUUACGUUUUACACCAUUUCUUUCCUCACCGGCCUUGCUGAGCUGUACGAUAAGCCUUGGCUGUGGGACCAUAGAGAGUGCUGGACAGGAUAUCCACAGCAGCCUCUCCAGCCCUCUGUGUUCUGGUACUACCUACUGGAACUCUCCUUCUACUGGUCACUGGUCUUCACCCUGCCUUUUGAUGUGAAGAGGAAGGACUUCAAGGAGCAGAUAGUUCAUCAUGCAGCAACCAUCUUCCUGAUCAGUUUCUCAUACUGUGCCAAUUACAUCCGCAUUGGGACACUUGUGAUGGUGAUUCAUGAUGCUUCUGAUUGCUUCCUAGAGCCAACUAAGAUAUUCAAUUACAUGAAGUGGAAAAAAACUUGUGACAGCCUCUUUUUGAUCUUCUCAGCUGUUUUCCUCAUCAGUCGCCUGGUCAUUUUCCCCUACACAGUGCUCUACAACACCUACUAUUAUUCCAUGGAGAUCUUCCAACCCUUCUAUGGAUACUACUUUGUGAAUACACUCCUGACAAUUCUGCAGCUGCUCCAUGUCUUCUGGUCCUGCCUAAUCAUUCGCAUGGUCUACAAGUUCAUCCUCCAGGGCACAAUAGAGAAGGACAUGAGAAGUGACACAGAAGAAAGUGACAAGGAUGAAGAAGGAGAAAAGAUGAGGGAAAAGCAGACAAACGGGAUCACGUCUUUCAGCAACGUCACAAGCAACAACUGUAUCCAGAGGAAUGAGGCUGAGCCACGGAGCAGCAGAACCCACCUCAUUAAUGGCCACGUCAAGGAAAGAUAG